AUGACAAAACUAAAGCAUCCAAAAUUGCACAAUCCAAUUGAGAAACAGUUUAACGAUAUAACUAGAUUUCACUACUUUUUGUUCUUUUUGUUAUUCUCGAGCAAACUUCCAAUAUUCUGGCACAUAUUGAACUUGAUUUUCCUUUCGCCACCAAUUGAUUAUAUUUGCCACGAUGGAUCGAAAAAUUCAACAAAGAAUUUAUGUCCGUGCGAUGUACCAAUCUGGGAUAGAAGUGUGUUUCUUGAAACCAUGCAGUCGAAAUUCGGAUUGCAUUGUAAUAAGUACUGGCUGAUCAAUUUUUCGCAUUGCAUUAACUUUCUUGGUCUUUUGAUUGGAGGACUUGUGUUUGGGUUCCUGUCUGAUAAGUUCGGACGACUUAAGAUGUAUGUGACAAGUUGUUCUAUACUAGGUGUAACUGGGUGUCUAUUGACUGUGAUGCCCACUAUAGCAGCAUUCACUUUAAUGAGAUUCUUAGAAGGAGUUGGUUCUGGCGGUGCUAUAAUAACAGGAUACGUACUUUGUAUUGAAUACUGCGGUCUAAGACAUAGAGAAGUAAUAACUGCAUUGUAUCAUGUGCCAAUUAAUCUAAGCCAUAUCACGCUACCAGUUGUUUCAUACUUAUGGCGUCAUUUUGAUCACUUUCAAUUGGCUAUUUCUAUUCCAAUAUUUCUGUUUAUAUUUGUCUGGUGGUUGGCAAUGGAAUCACCUAAAUGGUUAAUGGAUAAUGAUGAUAUAGAUAAGGCCGUUGAUGUUAUGGAAAAAUAUGGAAAAUUUAAUGGAAAGCCAUGUGAAAAUAUCAGAGAACAGAUUGAAGAAUUCUUAGACCAUCAUAGUAAUAAAUCGAGGCGGCACAUGAAAUUCUGGGAGAUCUUUAAACAUAAAACACUUUCUAUUAACCUUGGCUGUAUGUCUGUUGUAUAUUUUCUGUGUGGAAUUGGAUAUUAUGGAGUUUCACAAAUGAUUGGUAAAAUGAGUGGAAAUAUACACAUAAAUGUUACUGUGUCAGGAGCUAUGCUGCUACCGGGAACCAUCGCAUCUAUAUUCUUACUGAAAUUGCUAAAUAGAAGAACGUUUUUAAUGUCUACAAUUUUUUUUUCAGGACUGUUUAUGGUCAUCGCCGUUUGCAUACCAUUUCAUUUAUCGUGGUUGAGAGUGCUCAUAGCUUGUAUUUGUAACUGUUUCUUUUUUAUGUCUUUUAUCAUUGUAUUUUUAUAUGGUGUGGAGCUCUUUCCUACUUCAGUAAGAAACUCUGCCUUAGGUUUUUUAUCAUUUCUGUCUAGAGUUGGCCAAAUAGCCGCACCGCUCGUAAAUGAUCUUCAUGAAACAACUUCGGGUAUUAUCUUCGGUGUUUUGGCAUUGUUGGGUACAGUAUUGUGCUACUUACUACCAGAAACAAAGAAUGUUGAACUACCUUCUUCUUUAGAUGAUACAAAAGUAUUAGGAAGAAAAAAGGUUCUGUUAGAAGAUGACGACAAUAUUACAAUAAAUUCUCCCAUGCAAAUAUCGUAGUUGAAUAAUGAAUAAUAAUAAAAAAAAAUAUCACAUCAAAUCUAAUGGAGGUUAUUUUUUGAGAAUUAUAUUAACAAUACUUUAUAUGAUUAGGUAAUCUACAUGAUGUAAAAACAAUCACUACGAGAUCACCAGAAUAACUAUAAGAAUUUCUUAAUAUUAUAUAUUUUAGUAUUAUUAAUAAAAGUAUAUCAUAUAACAUUCCUUUCUCAUUCAAAACAUACAAUGAAAAAGUAAAUUCAUUAACAAAUAAACUUUUACAGUGCUAGGUAAAUAAGAAGCAGAUAAUAAUCUAGUAUGAGCCAUUCAGGACUAGCUUUGCUUUAUAUUUUUAUUAAAUAACUUGCUGACUCGGCAGACUACGUACUGCUUCAAUCGAUAAAUAAAAGACCUAAACUUUUGUAUAAAAUAAACUUAAAACAAACAAUAGGAAUCCUUUUUUUUUAUUAUAACAAAUAAAAAACAGUGCUCGGUAUGAAUGAAAUUUUAUUAUUAUUUUCGAUUAGAAACGAAAUAAUACUGGCUAUUUAUAAGGAUUCAAUUUGCUAUUG